AUGCCAGGCGAUGCUGUCACAGACUGGCUGUCCUUUGACGCCCAACAGCCCAAGAAGCGCAGAGCCGAGCUGGUGUGCUUCGGCUGCCACAAUAAGAAGAUCAAAUGCGACCUUCAGGUUCGCAAACGACACGGCCACGAUAACUGCACCCAUUGCGCCACGGCAGACAAGCAAUGCCAGACUCGGCCGUCCAAAAGAAUCAAGCGACGCCAUGCUGCACCUGUGACGCCGGCACACAAGUCCCCGAAGCCGCCGACGCCGAGUGUGAGUGUCCCUCCCAUUGUCGAGAUGCCGGAGAACGUGCCACAGGUGCCACAGGGGCCGCAGGAGCCGCAGGGGCCAGAAGAUGGCCAUCAUCAUCGUCUCGACGACCUCGCCGCCGCCGCCAGUCUACCCAUCUUCGACACCAUCCAUGUUUCGCCGCCAGAUCCAGAUGUUGCAGCAACAGACCCUGGCCAUCGCGAGACGAGUGUUCACCUGCCGAGGAGGACCUCCACCCACCACUUCUUCGCUCCACCACAACAAGUCCUGUCCCCGUCACAACGCUCAGCGGCCAGCACCACGCGCAGUGACGCUCUGGCUCAGAGCCAGAGCCAGACUGGCGAUGUCGAUACCGGCUUCCUCCAAGUGUUUGGGCCCGAAAACCAGCACGACGCCGAGAAGCAGGCGAUCGAGGCCUCUUUUGAGCCGAAAGCCGGCUUUCCGAGCCUGCGACAGCAGGAUCUCCAGGAAAGCUUCAUCGACACGUACUGGGAGUAUUGCUACACCUGGUGCCCCGUCCUGGAUCGCGACUGUCUCCCAGAAGAGAUGGCCCAAUCACCUCUGCUUGCCAAUGCCCUCGCAACGGCGGCCAGCCAUGUUCAACCGCCAUUGCUACCGCACGAGGGCCCUGCCGAGUAUUACCGGAGGGCAAAAGCCCUAUUCUACGACGACGAGGAGCUCGACGGCAUCACCAGCAUCAAGUCGAUCGCCUUGUUCUACUGGUGGGCGCCGCGACCCCCUACCGUCACGCACCGCCACUCGUCUUGGUGGUGGACAUCGGUGCUCAUCCGACACGCCCAGCAGAUGAACAUUCACCGCGAGCCGAGCGCAUCCCAAACAACAUUGUCUGCGCAAGACAUGAGCCUCCGGCGUAGGAUCUGGUGGACUGCUUUCGAGCUCGUCAACUGGGUCAACUCCUUGCCGCCUCAUCUCCAACUCCCCAUCGGCGCAGCGAGGACGUAUGCCUUUGACAAGGACGUGCACCAGCUUCACCUGCCCUAUCUCACCACCAUCAUCAUUCUCUACAUGAAACGCUCGGCACAAACCAUUCCGGAGGCUCUGCCACCCGCCAUCCUGGCCGCAUCGUGCAUCGUUCGCAUCCUCAAAGACAUUUUGAAUCGAGGCAAUGUGCGGUUCUUGAUGGCCAUCACAUGUUGGUACACGGGUACGGCUUUCAUCGCGCUCCAACAGGCCCGCUCCAUCGAGCACCUAGCCCGAGACGCCGACCAAGGCCUCGACGUCCUCGUGCGGACAGCAGACCAGCUCCAGAACAUGUGGGCGUCCGCCAACGUCAUCCGCCAGGGCUUCCAGCGCAUGCUCAACGGGUCGAAUCUCUCUGCGAAGCACGGCAUGCCGAGGCAGGCGCCCGAUCUGACCGCGCCGGUGCAGGCCGUCGGCAAUGCUGCAUCUCACGCCAGCUUUAUGGGCGUCGACGCCUUGCGCGGGCCCGCGUCCACCGAAGCGAUCCCCGAAUACUUUGGCGACUUUGACUGGACGGCUCUGUUUCCGUUUGUCACGCGCGAGACGAGCAGCAUUGCUGACAGUCUGCUGAAGAACAAGGCCGAGGGCAACGAGACGAGGGGGUUUCCCUCGCCGACCAACUUUUUGUUCCACGACUCUCUGAUGAUACAGUAUGAUGACCUGUUUGAUACGGCCGCGGAUUUUGGGAUGAACUUUACCAUGCCUCAGUAG